CAUCUCAUCUUCCAUAUAAUAUUGAAAACAUCAUUAUGAGGGAAACUUUCAGUGCUAUGCUUGUUCUAGUUGCUGUUUUGUUCUUUGGAGCUGCAGAGUUUUGUUCCGGCCGGAACACAAGCUUUAGCUGCAUAGAAAAGGAGAGAGAAGCCCUCUUGAAGUUCAAACUUUGUUUCCAUGAUCCAUCGCAUAUGUUGUCUUCUUGGGAAGGCAAUGACUGUUGUAAAUGGAGAGGAGUAGGCUGUGAUAAAAAUAACGGAUAUGUUAUCUUCCUUCAACUCAGGGGAUCAGUAUUUGCCAAUCAACAACCUCAAUUGUACUUGAUUGACGAUGUAGAGGAGGUUGGUUCAAGUUUGCUCAAGUUGAGAUACUUGGAACACCUGGACUUGAGCAACAAUAAUUUCAGUGGCAAUCUUAUUCCACCCCCUUUUGGCUUGAUGAAGCAGUUGAGAUACCUAAAUCUCUCUUAUGCGCAGUUUAGAGGAAGAAUUCCUAGGGAACUUGGAAAUCUUACAAGGCUUCAUAUCCUUGAUCUUUCUCAGGAUUAUUAUGGGGGAUUGAAGGUUGAUGAUGACAUUCAGUGGUUUUCUCGUCUCUCCUCUUUGCAACGACUUGAUAUGAGUGGAGUCAAUCUAAGCCAUACCUCAUCAAACUUGUUCCAGGUACUUGGCAUGCUUUCUUCAUUAUCAUGGUUGAGUAUGUCAGCUUGUAGUCUAAAAAAUUCUUACCUACCAUCACACAACCACCUCCUUAAUUUUACAUUGCUUGGAAAUAUUCAGCACUUAGAUAUGUCAUAUAACUCUUUUCAUGGUCCAAUACCUAUUUUUCUCCAAAACAUGACUUCAUUGACAUUUCUUGAUAUGAGCGGAAUAAAUCUAAGCCAUACAUCAUCAAACUUGUUUCAAGUGCUUGGCAUGCUUCCUUCACUAUCAUGGUUAAGUUUGUCAAGUUGCAGUCUCAAAAAUUGUCACUUGCCAUCUUACAACCAUCCCUUUAAUUUUACAUUACUUGGCAAUAUUCAACACUUAGAUCUUUCAGGUAACUUUUUCCAAGGUCCAAUACCUAUAUUUCUCCAAAACAUGACUUCCUUGAUAGUUCUUUAUCUUUCUAGCAAUCAAUUGAGUGGGAGUAUUUUAGAUAGCAUCAGGCAACUUUCUAAGUUAGAGAGCAUAGAUUUUUCUUACAAUCAAUUGAGUGGGAGUAUUCCAGAUAGCAUCGGGCAACUUUCUAAGUUAGAGAGGAUGGAUCUUUUUGAGAAUCAAUUAAUGAGUAUUCCAGAUAGUAUCGGGCAACUUCUUAAGUUAGAGAGCAUGGAUCUUUCUAAGAAUCAACUGAGGCGUAUUCCAGAGAGCAUCGGGCAACUUCUUAAGUUAAAGAGCAUAGAUCUCUCUGACAAUCAACUGAGGAGUAUUCCAGACAGCAUCGGGCAACUUCCUAAGUUAGAGAGCAUAGAUCUCUCUGACAAUCAACUAGGGAGUAUUCCAGACAGCAUCGGGCAACUUCCUAAGUUAGAGAGCAUAGAUCUCUCUGACAAUCAACUAGGGAGUAUUCCAGACAGCAUCGGACAACUUCCUAAGUUAGAGAGCAUAGAUCUCUCUGACAAUCAACUAGGGAGUAUUCCAGAUAGUAUCGGGCAACUUCUUAAGUUAGAGAGCAUAGAUCUCUCUGACAAUCAACUAGGGAGUAUUCCAAAUAGUAUCGGGCAACUUCUUAAGUUAGAGAGCAUGGAUCUUUCUAAGAAUCAAUUGAGGAGUAUUCCAGAUAGCCUCGGGCAACUUCCUAAGUUAGAGAGCAUAAAUCUCUUUGACAAUCAACUGAGGAGUAUUCCAGACAGCAUCAGCCAACUUCCUAAGUUAGAGAGCAUAGAUCUCUCUGACAAUCAACUUAGGAGUAUUCCAGACAGCAUCAGCCAACUUCCUAAGUUAGAGAGCAUAGAUCUCUCUGACAAUCAACUGAGGAGUAUUCCAGAUAGCAUCGGGCAACUUUCUAAGUUAAAGAUCAUGGAUCUAUCUGGGAAUCAACUGAGGAGUAUUCCAGACAACAUCGGGCAACUUUCUAAGUUAGAGAUCAUGUAUCUCUCUGACAAUCAACUGAGGAGUAUUCCAGACAGCAUCGGGCAACUUUCUAAGUUAAAGAGUAUCUAUCUCUCUAGGAAUCAACUGAAGAGUAUUCCAGACAGCAUCGGGCAACUUUCUGAGUUAGAGAACAUGUAUCUCUCUGGGAAUCAACUGAGGAGUAUUCCGGACAGCAUCGGACAACUUUCUAAGUUAGAGAGCAUGUAUCUCUCUGGGAAUCAACUGAGGAGUAUUCCAGACAGCAUCGGGCAACUUUCUAAGUUAGAGGAAAUAUCUCUCUCUAACAAUCAAUUUGGAAUAGGAUUUUUUAAAUGGCUUCAAUUACCAAAGACAAUAAACAUAGCUUAUCUCUCUAAUGCUAGUAUCUCAGGUCCUUUUCCAAAAAACAUAGGUCAUAUGAUGCCAAUGUUGGAGAGAUUAUAUCUUGCAAAUAACCUCUUGAAUGGUUCAAUUCCAAAGUCACUAUGCAAUUUAAAAUAUUUGUUUGCACUUGAUCUCUCAAGCAAUAUGCUAUCUGGAAAUAUUCCAAAGUUGCUAUGCAAUUCAAAACCUUUGGGAUAUCUUGAUCUCUCAAAUAAUAUGUUAUCUGGAAGUAUUCCUAAUUGUUGGAGAAAUGAUCAAUCAUUCUUUUUUAUUGAUCUAUCUUCUAACAAUCUCUCAGGCUCAUUUCCGAGCAGAAUGGGGCAACUUUCUUCUUUAGUUUUAUUGCACUUGAACAACAAUAGUCUCCAUAGGGGACUGCAUGUGGCGUUGAAAAAUUUAACUUCUUUAGUGGUUUUGGAUUUGGGUGAAAAUAAAUUUUCUGGAAAUUUAACAAGCAUUGUAAGGAGGGAGAUCAACAACCACUCUUUAAAGGUUCUCCGUCUACGAAAAAAUUUGAUUUCCGGUUAUAUUCCUUUGGAACUAUGCUCUUUCUCUCAAAUGCAAAUUUUGGAUCUUGCGGAUAACAAUUUGACGGGAAGGAUUCCUCCUUGUUUUGGAAAGUUUCCGAUUAUGGUGAAUGCAACACAAUUGAUCGAUGACUCAACUUAUGAGUAUUGGUAUGAGGCGCCUUUGAUGGAGGUUGUGAAAGGGAGAUACCUUGAGUACAAAAGACAAACUCUGAGACUUGAGAUUAGUAUAGAUCUUUCAAGUAACAAUCUAACAGGAUCCAUUCCAGAGGAGCUAAUAUUCCUUAAGGAUUUGCACAAUUUGAAUCUGUCUUGGAAUCAUCUCUCAGGACAGAUCCCUGAGAAAAUUGGACAAAUGGAGAAUUUGGAAUCUCUUGAUUUCUCCAAGAAUGGCCUUUCAGGAAUGAUCCCGAACAGCAUGUCAAGUUUAACCAAGUUAAGCCACCUCAACUUGUCCUACAACAACUUGUCAGGGCCAAUUCCAACAGGCUAUCAACUCCAAACACUCGAAGAUCCAACCAUGUAUGCUGGCAAUCCUCAACUUUGUGGAAGUCCACUCUUGAACCAAUGCUCAAAUGAUACACUACCUCCGACAACUGCCAACUUCAAGGACAAUGAUGAACGUACACUUAAAAGAAUGUGGUUUUACAUUGUCGUGUUCUUAGGCUUUGCAACUGGAUUUUGGGGGGUCGUGGGAACUUUGAUUUUUGUAAAAAAUUGGAGAUAUGCUUAUUUUCAAUGGGUGGAUGAUGUCCAACACUGGAUACUUAUAGUUAUAACAUUGAAGGUGGCAUGUUUCAAGAAGAUGUUCAAUGGCAACCAAGAUGAUCAGUGAGUUAUAUAUAAAGUAAGUUGUUGCUAUAUUUAUUAUUAAGUUAGUUGGAGAACCCUGUGUUGCAAGGUAUAGUGUUAGGUCCAACUUUGAAUGGCCCAAUAUUGAAUUGGCCAAUUUUAAAUGAACACAUAAGUAUUAG